GAGCAUUUUGUCCAAUCGUUUAGUUGCCCCGCCGAGCGAACAAGUAGUAUCAUCGCGGCGGUGUUGAACAUUUUAGAGAGAAGUUUGAAAAACUACGUCUAAUACUGUAUGUAUGCUCUCGUCAGGAGGCGCGCGUUGCUACAGUCCCUCCCCCGCCACGACGUGUAAAUUCAAAAAACCGUCGAUCGGCUCGAAAAAAGCGUGUAUUUCUGCGCGUCGCUCUCAACCGUCAUCGGGGCUCUCAGUUCGGGGGAGGCCUUGUUGUUGACGCUCAUUCGGACGUACAGCGUCUGUAUACAAUGGAGCUGAACAAGCAGCAGACCUAUGACCCGAAGAAAUUUGCCAAAAAGCAAAAGUUGCCGGAUUUGACGGACGUCACGCUUCUUAAUACGCCAAUGCCGCAGGCUUGCUCGACCGUCGAUCGCAAAUCGGUGCAGAAUCGGAGGUCAAACCUUGAUGAACAGAACAAGCAUCGACAGCUGAAUUUUGAUAAUAGCAAUAUAACAAAUAAUUCAGGAGAAUCUUCUCUGGGGAUCAUUCAGAACAUUUCUUCUCUAUUAGAUGACAGUACCUUAGACGAGAUGCAAGGCAAGGACUGUCCAGAGCGUGAGCGGGAACUUGCACGUAAAUUAUUAUUGAAAUGUGGCAAUUCUUUGAUACCCAGUCUAUCAAAACCUGAUAAAGAAAAUAAUGUAAAUUCUACUAAUCUACAAAAAGUAUCAAAUGCAUAUAGUCGUUCCUCAAGUAUAAAGAAUAGACAAUCCUUGAAUUCAAAUCAGCGGCGCUCGAUGGAACCAGACUUUAAAUCAGUUGGCUCUUCUAGUAUUGUUUUUGAACCAACUGAGAUAGGUGCUCGAUCCUCUGAACUUAACAAAACACCUGAAAAAACUGAACCAUUUCCAAUACCUAAUUUUAGUGGCAUCAGUUAUAAUAGCAAUAUAGCAGAGUUAAUGGCACAAUUUGGAGAUGAAGAAUUCAUGUCAGGUUCAAAAGCUGGCAGUCAAAUAUUAGCUGAUGAAAUGUCUUGGAGAAAGAAUGAACUAGCUCCUAUGCCAGUCAAUAAUAAUAGCCAAGAUAAAAAUCGUUUGGAAUUAUCUUGCUUCUCUGGAAUAAUAGAUGAUGCUAACUUUACAGUAGACGGAGGUAGAGUUUCUAUUGGGGAAUUUUUCAAAAAUAAAUGUGCAGGUACAGGGCAUUUAUCUACUACUACUUGUUCUGAAAGACCCAGUUUUGGGCUUAACACAAAAAGUCCACAGAAAGUACCAGGAAGAUUACGAGCUUUAGUUGAUGAUACUGUAACAAGUGAAGCCUCUUAUCACCCCGAAGAAAAAGAGUGCAAGAGUGCAGACUGUACUAAAGAACCAAGUGUUAUGAGUUUGAGUACCAUUGCUCAAGUUUUGCAAGACAUAGACUCAGCUACACCAAGAAAAUUGGUUGACCAAAUUCUAGAUGCCAAUAAGAAAAAACGUAAACAGCGUGUUGAAAACGACAAUCCAGCUUGUGAAACAUAUACAGUUUUACCAUCAAACAGGAUAUCUUUGCCUGCUUCUAGAAGUACGCAUUUCUCUGAAAAAUCUGAAAGAGAUAAAACACAAAACAACUAUGGGCAUAAGCUAUCUUUAGAUAGUAAAAAUACCAGUGAAUUUGACACAAAAAGUUUUCAUGAGUUAUUAAGUCAAACUAAUAAUCUUGAUCCAAAAUUACGUAAGAUAUUAGAAUCAGAUUUAGAAGAUACUUUAUCAUUAGAAACGCCUAAAAAAUCCGAGAACCGAACUGACGGACGAUCAUCUCUUCACCAAAAUCAAUUAAAAAGUCCAAAUAUAAGCGUACCUCGAGCUGAACAGUCUUCAAUGCCGCAUCCUAGAAAAAUGUCUCAUUUACCUAAUAGCCAUAAUAAGUUUACAAGCUCAACGAUGAUAGGUGAUAAAUCAAGUUUGAUACAUGAUACUGGACCAACUGAUAUGAGCGAUCCAACUUUAACGAAAGAUGAUUCAACUAAGGAAGAUACUCUUACAAAUUCGGUCAAGAAUCAAUCUUUUGAUACAAGAAAAGUAGAAAUCGGUAAAAAAACUCACGAGCUUUGUACCUGCUUGGUAGGCAUAAACAAGGAAGCCGAUUUCGAACUAUAUAAUGGGACAGAUCGUUGGAUUUUAUGCAGUUUGAAACUUCAUCAAAUUCAAGGUGAUAAAAGUAACAUUCAACUUGAGUUACCAGACGAUGAUAUUCUAAUUGAGCCGGAUGCAAGAAAAUCUUUCAAGAUCGGAGUUAAAAUGCCGCACAUGGGAAAACUAACUAUUGCCAUUUUUCAUAUUCCGUGUUCCGAUAUGGUGACGAGAACUAGUUGGUAUAUGAAGCAUUUGAUGUGCUUUGUACCGGAAGAGCCAGAUAUAAAGAUAUCUAUUCCAUCUGAAAACGAAAUGGAUUUCGGAAUAAUCACGGAAGAUACGAGUAAUAGUUUGCCUAUUACCCUUGAAAAUAAAAAUAGUAUAGAGAUACCUGUUGUAUUGUAUAUAAAUCAAAAUACACCACGAUCAUUUAAUAUUGGCGAAUGUCUAGAUGAUACUGUUAGUUCAGUUAGUAAUGAAAAAGAAACAGUAUGUCUUACAUUAAAACCAAGGCAACCAGUAACAAUAAAUGUUGAUUUUAGAGGAAUGUCUCUUCAAUCAUUUGGAGAUGCAGCAUUCCAAAAAGGUGUAUAUAAUGCUGAAGCCAAGUUAAGAGUGUCAAUUUGCUAUAAAGCAAAUGAAGAAUAUUUGAUAAAUGAAGUGCCUUUGAAAGGAAUAAUAGGAUCGUGUAAGUUAGAUAUCGUUGAUACUCAAUUUCCUUUAACACUUCAGCCAAAAGUAGGUAGAGUCAUAAGUCUUAAGAAUUCAGGCAGUAUAGCUGUAUCAGCAACUGUAGAUAUAGUGCAAUCAAAAGAAAAUCAAACUGAGUGUAGAGAUUUUUUCAUAUGCCCAAAUAACAUUGUACUUAAUGGAGGUCAAAAAUUAGCGUUACAAAUUUCUUAUAAACCUGAAAACUAUAAGACUGAUAAUGAAAGGCAAGCAUUGAUAAGACUUGCAGUGGAGAAUAAAGUGUAUUUUUAUCCUCUUAUUGGAGAAAAAGUGAUGGAAAUCGACCAUUUUUCUUCCGACAGUUUUCAUCAAAUGCACCGUUCUGAAACUCCGCAACGAUUGAGAGCAAUAAGCUCGCCUACUUCACCUCAUAGUCCAAUGUUUAACAGAUCCGGUAACUCAGGAAGACAUUCACCUGGAAGUACAGCUUCCGGUGGAACAGUGACAGGAUCUGUUGUACCUAUACGCGCGAAAGAAACAGCUUUAGUAUGGAGUAGUAUUAAAUCUGGAAGGUCUGACACGAAAACGCUAACUAUUCGUAAUACCAGCAAUAAUAAAAUCAAAUUGUUGGCUACUAUUAAAGCAACAGAUCAAACUUUUAAGUUUUUAAAAGACAGACAGACAUUGGCAACGUCAAUGAUCUUCUCCCUUCAAGGAAUGGAAAGUAAAACUUUAUCCGUAGUAUUUACACCAAACUAUCCAAAGGCAGCAGCUGGAAAGAUUAUGUUUGCACAUCAUAAUAGUCAUGCGCGAGAUAAUCUCGUCAAAGUAGUAAAAUUAUUUGGCUAUGGUGGGUAUGGAAAAAUUGAAAUAUCAGAAGCUGUGAAAGAUACCAGUGGACAAAUGUGGUUGUCACUUGGAACACUCAAUUCAGAAGGAGUACUGCAUGCAAAAAUUAGAUUACAAAAUACUGGAGAUUUAAUGGGUUUUACAAAAAUUAAACUCACGCCAAAAGCUUUAUAUCCCUCUUCAGUUUCAAAUUGGUAUGUUGAACCAACCGAAUUAUUACUUGCACCAAAUGAGAUACAAUGGAUAACAAUGGAAUUUCGUCCUAGAAGAAAUGAUAUUGCAACACUGCAUCAAACAGGGGUAAUUCAUGUAGGAACAUUAAAAAUUAUACAUGGUGAUGAGCCCACUAGAUUACGAAUAAGAAGAUUAUAUAACAAAUUAAAAGACAGUGGUCAAUUAUAUGAUAAAAUAGAUGAACAAGCUGAUGAAUUCAAAGAAAUAAUUCAUAAUAUCUCUAGGGCUUUUCCUGGUGAAACAUUUCCACAAGAUUUGACACUGAUUGGUGAUUCAGUGCAAAACCUUGGUGAACUAUGCAAAGGAAUUGUUCAGAAUGAAGUAAAAUUAACAGUAGAAAUACAUCCUGAUGAAACUAUUUCUAUGCUCCAAGAUAACAUGGAUGAUUCACAGAUAUUUUAUUCACUGUGUAGUGAUCAUGAUGAAUCUCAUUUCGGUGGAGAAAGUUAUUUACCUGCUGAAUAAUUUUAACAAUGGUGUGCUUUAUACCAAUAAAUUUUUAAAUAAUUUUUUUUAAUUCUUGCCAUCUUUGAGGUAAGCAGAAAGAUAAUAUUGUACAAAAUAAUGCAUGACAUUUUAGAUAUAAAAUAUACAAAUAAGAGUUUUUAUUAUUUUUAUACAUUUUAACAGUUUUACAACUUUUUUAUAAUUCUGAUCGAAUUCUAUUUCUUAAUUGCGACAGUAUUACUGUAAAGUAUUGAAUAUUUUUUAAUAAAUAAUAUCAAACACUA